AUGCUUGACGGCCAGACUCACCUUGUCAAGCAAGGAUGGAAAGGUGUAGGCCAUCCUUUGAAAGCCGGAGGCAGGUCUCGACCCGUUGUGGUUGCCCAAAAGAAGACACUUGGUGGAAUUGGGAAGGACCGAGAUGAAUCUUUUGCUUUUUGGGACCACCUAUAUGAUGUAGCAGCCAAAACCAUCAAGCUGAAGCUGCCUGGAGAUGAGUCGUCGGCUGAUAGCGAUCAGGAAAACCAAAACUCUGCAAUACAAGUUCAACGAACACAUACGGGUAUACUGUCGAAUCGUCGACCCACGUCUCUUCCAACCCCAUCAUCUAGCAAAUCCCCAUCCCCUUCGCCAGGCUCUAUUUUGUCACUAGCCAAGAAAGAAGCUGCUCGAAGAGCUCUGUACUCGAGAUUUUUGAGAGGACCUGUUAUCACGCAGGAGAACCUUGAGCCUAUACUCCACUGUACCGAAACUAUCCCUACCACAAACGUCCAGAUUCCAAGUGACGACAAGAAGCUAAAGAAAGCCGAGAAAGCUGCAAGACGAUUGGCCAAGGAGGAACGAAGAAAGGCUAAAGCAGCUCGACGAGAGGCCAGAGAGGAAAGAAGGAAAGCCAAAGCCAUUCGAGAUGAGGCUAGAGCCGCAAAGGAGAAACGCAAGAUUGAGCGCGCUGCAAAACGGGCCGCAAAAGUAGCAAGAAAACAAGAAAAGGAGCAGCACAGGGCCCAAGCGCAGAAAAACGGGGUCACUUCAGAGGUGCUUGUGCAGGCGGAGAAUGGUACCGAUAAGGAAAAGGUGAAACCGAAAAGGGAGAAAAAGCGAAAACGAGAUGGAGAACCUGAAUUCGGGAACCGUCUUGCACACUGGGUUUCAACCCACGAUACGCGGCGAUAUACCAUAUAUAAAGAACUUGGAAGCAAAAUGUCAAAAUUUGGUGACCAACGGCGAGCAUAUAACGAGGGCAGCAUAGUGGUCAGGGGUCAGAAUACAGGGAGUGCGAGCCGCCAGGUCACUGGUAGCCGUGCUGUUCACAGGAGCAGCGAGAGCGGGAGAGACAAGCCCGAAAGCGGAGACAGGGAUGGCGAGCUUGGCGAAGGCGCGCAUGUGGAACUCGGUACUGGGAGGGCGAGAGACAAAUGA